AUGAUUUUCAGACGUAGUAAACGAUCCUCGUCGUCUUCGUCGUCGCCGAAACACACCAUAUCGCGAAUCUCUUCAGGUUCUUCGCAUACCUCUCCUGUAAGUAGAGGGAUACCAUCUUCGUCUAUGACCACAGCAGAACUGGUCCUUCUGUCACCGAAAAAGGUCAUCAAGGCGCUCUAUGACUAUAGACCACAGGGCCCGGGGGAAUUGGCGUUUACCAAGGGUGACUUUUUCCAUGUGUUGAGUGGAGAAAUGGAAAGUGAUCCUGACGGAUGGUACGAAGCUACGAACCCCAUGACAGGUGCUCGAGGAAUGGUGCCCAUCAGCUACUUUGAGGUUUUCAAUCGCUCAAGACCUUCCGUGGUGGAAAACGAGCACCCUCUGAGCGGGUUACAUACCUUCCAACACCCUGCAAACGGGGGCUCUACCAGCCUGCACACCUCGCCUACUUCAUAUCUCUACCAGCAGCGCAACUCCAACCAGAACUUGUAUGCGGUGACCUUGUACGACUUCCAGGCAGAGAGACCGGAUGAGUUGGACAUUUUCGUGGGAGAAAACUUGACCAUCUGUGCUCAUCAUGAAUUUGAAUGGUUUAUUGCCAAACCUAUAAAUAGAUUGGGUGGACCCGGUUUGGUCCCAGUCUCAUACGUUCAGAUCAUCGAUUUGGUUUCCAGCAGUACGCCAACACCUGUAGAAUUGGAGAGUAACGAUAUCGUUAAAUUAAUACAAACCUUUAAGAUCCCUACUGUGGAGCAAUGGAAGGAUCAAACUGCAAAGUAUCAAGCAUCAACUAUCCCAUUGGGUUCAAUUUCCUCGACUCCGCCUGCAUUGUCUUCAAAUACACAAUUCUUCCGCCUGUCCAGCGUAAUUGACUCUGGCAAUCCGAAUGGUGCAUCCUCCAACAGAUCCUCAUUGUCAUCCACGAACACCACCAUUGUGGAAGCAUCGGUGGAUUCAUACCAACUAGACCAUGGCAGGUACCAGUAUCUUAUAAUAGCGAAACUUUCCAACGGGAAGACAAGGUACCUUUCUCGUUUCUACCAGGACUUCUACGACCUUCAAGUGAAAUUACUUGAAUUGUUCCCAUUUGAGGCAGGGAAAAUCGAAAAUUCAAAGAGAAUUAUACCAUCCAUCCCUGGUCCAUUGAUCAAUGUUAAUGACAGCAUUAGUAAAUUAAGACGAGAAAAGUUGGAUUACUACUUGAGGAACUUGAUUUCUUUGCCUGUGAAUAUUUCCAGAAGUGAAGAAGUGCUAGCAUUAUUUGAAGUGUUGGAGAAUGGAUUUGAUAAGGAGGUUGUAGAGGGGAAGAGAGAGAGAAGAGUACUGAAGCCAAUCAGCCAAAAAUCUUACUACCAUCAAGAUAGAUUAAGUCAGUAUUCUAAUUUUCAUGCAGCACCAGGAACUAGGACAUCUUAUCCUGAGCUGAUUAACAACUAUAAUAACAACAAUAAUAUUAAUCAUGAUCAAAUUAAUGAUAACAAUAAUAAUAAUAGUAAUAAUAAUUACAACAACAACAAUAAUAAUAAUAUUAAUAAUAAUAAUAAUAAUAAUCAUAAUGGCAAUGGUAAUGGUAACCAUCAAAGAUCGUUAUCGUCGUCGUCUACUAAUCUUUUGUUGAAUACAGCAGAAGGUAAUAGCCCCAGUGGCACAAGUGCAAGUACUUCAAGAGAAAAUUCAACUAACGACGGCAAUGCUAACGGGAAUGGUAGUGCCCAAGGACUGGCUAGCAAGGUCAAAGUGAAAUUUUACUACGAAGAAGAUAUCUUUGUCUUACUCUUACCAACGAAUUUGAGGCUUCAAGAUUUAAAAUCGAAAUUGGCCAAACGUCUUUUGACCUCGCCCUCUACCACUGAAGACAUUACUCUCGACGAGUUGAACAAUAUUCAAUUGUACUUAAAAAACGAGUAUGAUGAUUUUGUCGAAGAUCAUAAUUUGGUGGAUGAGGAGAGUGUAGAAUUGACCGAGACUCAGCUGUUACAAUUGAAGGCAUUAGAAAUUGAUGACGAUGGCAAGUUCCACGAAAACUUGUACGAUAAGUGCAAAAUUGCUAUCGUUGUGUAA